AUGUGCGAAUCCGAAGAUGAUAUAAUUACGAUAGGGAAAUAUGUUAUAGUAAAGAAAUUAAAUUUUAAGAAGAUUUAUAAGGUAACUGGCAAUGGUCAGUUAAUGUUAGGAAAAGACCUUGUGAAUAUGGGUGAAAUUAUUGGGAAACGAUUCUGGACCACUUUCGAAAUGAUACCCUCGAAAAGUGGGAAAAGGUCCUUCUCUCUAAAAGAAGCACCAGAAACUGAAUCUUGGAAUGAUUUGUUAAGUACUCUACCCAGUGGUAACGAUAAUCGUUCCAUUGUUGAUGACGGGAGUUCACAAAAACUAUCCAAAGAAGAAAUCCUUCAACUUCAGGAAGCUGGUAAAAGUGGCAAGGAGAUAGUGGGUAGUUUGAUUGAGAACAAUAAAUCCUUUUUAGAUAGAACAGAGUAUUCGCAGGAAAAAUAUCUGAAGAAGAAAGAACGAAAGUAUCUUCGGUAUUUAACUAUAUUAAAGCCAAAUAUAAGUUCCUUGCAUGACGUGUACUUUAAGUUAGAUCAUGGCAAAAUUGGAAACUUACGAAUGGAUGCAUUGGCACAGUUACUGUCGUAUAGCGAUGUUCAAUCAGAUGGAUUGUUUAUGUUAUAUGACAGUGGAUCACAAGGCUUGCCGGCAACUGCCCUGUUAAAUAGGAUCGGUGCAAGUACAGAAGGACAUUUGAUCAACAUGCACCCGGGAAAUGUGCCUCAGAUUUUGCUUGUUCAUGCCAUGAAUUUUCCCGAAGAACAAUUAAACAGGUUAAUAAAUGUCAAUAUUUACAGCUUUUUGAGGGUACAUUACCAGGGUGAAGAUGCUGUUUUCACUAAUAUUUUGGCAUCAAAAAAAGCAAGGAAUAAUUUGAACAGUAAGAUUGAACAAAAUAAAGUAACCACCCCUGAGAGAAGUCAUACAAAUGAUGAAGUGUCCCCAAAGGUCGAGUUACAUGAUCAGAUUCCUCAGAAUGAAGAGACUAAUAACAAACAUUCAGAAUGUAUUAAUCAUACGAAUGAAAUUACUGAAAGUCAUAAAGUUUCCAGAGAGCAUAGUGCGCAGAACUGUUCAACAGGGACCAAACGAAAAUUAGAUGAAUCUAACGAAUGUGAAUCUACAGAGGCUGUACCUUCAAAAAAGCCAAGAUGGUUAUUAAAAACACAACAGGCUGUGGAUCUAGUAAAUAACUCAAAAGCUCGAGGACUGGCUAUUGUAGCCAAAGAACACCCUUUGAAUAUUGUCACCGCUCUCCUGCCGUUUUUGGGUGCAUCCAGGCCUUUUGUAAUCUAUCAUAAUUAUCGGGAACCGCUACAAGAGACAUACGUGGCAUUAAAACAACAACAGAACGUUGUUAAUUUAAGACUGUUUUCAAACUUUUUACGCUCUUACCAAGUGUUACCAGACAGAACACAUCCUGACGUCUUGACUAGUGAUACAGGCGGUUAUUUAUUAACAGGAUAUUUAGUUGAAUAAUAGACGUUAUUGCAGCUCAAUGACACCGAUGUAAACACUAAGAAAAAUUCUGUACAGUAAGAAAGUAAAGCAGUCUCUUUUAUACAAGUGUUUUCCAUUUAAAAGUAAUCUAAGAAAAGAAGCAGAAAAUAAAAGAUUAUUAUUUAAUAUA